UGUUAAGACGACGAAAACUGACAUGCCAGAGCACUUCAAGAAGCCAGGGAAUGGAUAACAAGAUCAUGCUCAAUUGCUUUCUAUGAUGCUGUGCAAACUACAUCUGAAAAUAAAUCACCUCCUUCCAUAAACUCAGCACUAUUCCAAGACUGUGAAAAGGCAAUACGUUUGAACAUCAGUUCAUUUCCUAGCUGCUGCAUUAUUAUUUUUUUUUUAAAGAACAAAAAGGUCACCACCAAAUAUGCCUAUAAAGUAAAAAAUGAGUUCAAAUUAGGACGUAUAAUUGCGAGGAGCCUGGUGAGUGAAAGAUUAAAAGCUAUGGCAGUAAAAAAAAAUAAAAAAAAUAAUAAAAUCUGGAGCUUGGCAACAUCUCGGGGACUAAAAUAAUUAGGACAUGCAUUAAUUUAUGACUGACGACAGAGUAACCUGGGAGCUCAUCUCUCUCUUAUGCAGUUGCAGUUAUAAGAGUGUAAUUACACAAACGAAGACAGCUGAGUACUGACUACCUUCAUCUAAUACACAGACAAUUCAAACAGGCCCGCCUGCUAGUUCGAGUGGCUUGGCCAGAAGUGAAAACGAGAGAGAGAGAGAGAGAGAGAGAGAGAGAGAACUAAAUGGGGGAAUGGGUGAGGAGAGGAGGAGGAGAGGUGAGGAGAGGAGAGCGAGUGCACGUAGGCUGCCUACAAAUCACACGCCGCAAUCAUAAACUCGAGCCAUGCGCGCGCUUCAUUAUAUGAUUUUCCCACACGCUAGUGAGAGCGUUUCAUCGGCUUAUCGUGCGAAUGAAACUUUUGACAGCCCAUCCGGUGCACAUUUCGCAUCCCCAGCACUACUCGUCGACUUUUCCCUCCACGUCGAGCCCUUCACAGAGCAACGGAAGAGCGCGUGGAGCUGGUGAAACCGCACGCGCGACCACCUUAAACAGAAACCGCAGGCGCUCGCGCGAGGUCUAAGGGGCAAAUCUGCUUUCAUGGGAAAAGCUCCGUGGACUGUGAGGACAGAGUAAAAGAGGAAAAUCCGGAGAAUUUCCACAAACAUGACCGGAAUAGCAGGCGAUUUGUGGCUUGACAAUGUAGCUAUUGAGCUCUUUCGCGUGUAGCCUAAAUGGCUUCUUUGGAUUUAGCGGUAUGUGGCGAGCUUGAGGCGCAGCGACCGCGACAUUUCAGACAAACAACUGAACUGUUCUGGACGAAUUCGACUGAAAACACGACCUCGGAUUACAACAAUUUAAGGUGAAAAACAAACCCAAAACAUGACUGAUCUCUGUGCUGGACCAUCCAGGCUAAGACACUGAUACAAGAUAAGGAGCAUGUUACCUUCACCCCAGGUGUGUUUGUCCACCCUGGUGACGGUGAGCACGAUGGCUGUGCUUGACCUCUAUCUCCUGGAACAGAGCAUGCUGGGACGUGGGAGUAGGGCUUGGCCGGCUGCAUGGGCAUGCACAGCUGUGGCGCUUGGUGACCUGGGCUUCCUGCUGGCGCUUCGCUUUGUGUCAGCUGGCGUGGCGUCAGAGGCACGGUCACCGCGGCGUGCCUUUGCUAGCGCACUCUGGUUCCUAUUCCUGUCCUUGCUGGAGCUCAAGCUUUUCUUUGUGUGCCAGAACUACAGGCAUGAACGGCGGCCAGCUGACCCAUUGGCACGCAAGACCCUCACUCUCCUGCUCUCUGUAGGGCUGCCCUCACUUUUUCUAGUACUGACGGGAGCUGAGCACGUAACGCCGGCACACAGGAAGCAGGAAGUUCGUGCCGGGCUCCUUUGGGUGGCCCUAGAUCUGCUAGAUGUGCUGGAUCUACAGGCUGGCCUGUGGGAGGAGGCUCAGAGUGGUGUAGUGGUCCCAUUAUGGGUUGACGGUGUUGUCUUCUUCUACUGCUAUGUGCUAUUGCUUCUCUUGCCCUGUGUCUCACUCACCGAGCUGGCACUUCCAGGCCUGAGGCGAGCACGCAGGGAAGCUGUGUACCCAUGGCUCAGUCUGUUUGCCAUCAAUGUGAUGAUGCUGGGACUCAGGGCUGUGGGUGUACUCUGGUACAGGGACCCAAGGAUUUCCACAGUGUUUGUGGGGAAGAAUGUCCUGGCACUGGUUGUCAAGCUUAGAUCAGCUUGGGAUAUGCACAGGAACGGUAACAGUGGGGGACAGGGGGAAGGGGCUGAGGGUGGAGGGAGAAACCAGAGCUUGGGGAUGGAUGCAGAGCAAGUGGAGCAUGGGCAGGGUGGCACAACUUCAUCCACUCGGGACCACACACUCUCACGCACUCAUGGCCAAAGCCAUACAAGGCUGGAUCAUGCUGACAGCUCCCUGGGAUCUGCCUACAUUUCGCAGGAGCUCUAGAAGGACAGAUCAGCCACUGUGGAUACGCAACAAUGACGGACUUAAUCCUUGGUCACCAGUCAUCCCUUCAGUCUUGUUUUGGCCAAAAACAAGUAAUAACUCAUCUUGUGAGCACACGUUCUACAAUUGAGGGUUGCACUCUGAUCCUAAUUCACAAUCAUAUGAAGAGAGUCAUUUCUGCUAUACAGUGCCUUUUCUAUCCCUAAAAAAUAUUUCAUUUAACUGCAAAGAAUCAUUUAGACUGCUUUCCAUGUUUAAAUACAAUAGAAAAUCAUUAAUACAAAAUUUUAUUGUGUUUUAUUAUUAUUAUUAUUAAUUUUUUUUUUUAACAUUUACCGCUGUCUUGGUGUCUUACGCAGAUAAUAUUUGUUUAUUCCCAACAUCCAUUUCCAGCAUUAAAAAAAAUUAACCUGGUUAAAUACAAACACUCCUUCAUUUUUUUACAUUGCAAUGCUUUAUCAUGACAGUCUGCAUGUUCCAAUCAUACACAUUCUACCCUGUUAGGCCAAAUUACACAGAGUCAGUUAUAUUUCAUCGUGUGACAUAACUAUUUAAAAUACAAACCAUUAUGCUACCACAAUAACUAAUCUUAGAUAUACCAUAGCCAUUCCUGUCUUCAUAUUUCCACGCUGUUAGGUCUGUGCUUCCUAACAGCGAGGAAUAUAUAUAUAAGGUGUAAUAAUAAAUUAAUUUGAAUCACAUUAAAUGUUUUUAAAAUGUUUAUUACUGUAAAUAUUAUGCAUUUUCAUACUUUUUUUUUUUAUUAAAUAAAGCUUACAUAAACAUG